AUGUCCGUCACCACAACAACAGCGACCGCCGCAUACGCGCCGACCCAUAGAAGUCUUGCCCACCCGCCGCGAACUCUUCGCAAAGCUACCAGCUUCACUAGCAACUUCGCCUCCUCCACAACCGCUUCCUCUCCCAGUCUUAAUUCCCUCUACAACACUCAUUCGCGACUUACGCCCUCGCAUCAAUCGCUCCCGCGCAAAUCCUCCUUGGCUGCUCUUACUCCCAAGUCUCUCGCCUCGAUCCCCGAUGUAAGCGAGUCCUAUGCCUACAACAGCGUGCUAGCCGAGUCGCCCGAUCGCAAAAUGCCACCCGCCACGCCCGGUAGGGCCGGGACCGACUUCGUUCUCGGUGACGUCGUUGAAGUCCCGGGCAACAUGUUAGGCACCGUCCGUUUUAUUGGUUCGGUGGAUGGAAAGAAGGGCACCUUUGCUGGUGUCGAGCUGCAUCCCGAGUUCUCCCAGCGGGGCAAGAACUCGGGCGAAGUAGAAGGUGUUUCCUACUUUACUACGACUCUUCCUGGCGCAGGCAUCUUCCUCCCUCUCAACAAAGCCGUGAGACGAGACUCUCCUCCUGGCUCGUCUUCCAGCUCGUUUCCUCACACUCCCACAGCCAGCACCGUGGGCGGUCUCAAGGUCGGCACGCAGAACUCCACGAACACACCUCCGACGCCGUCAGUGCCGCUAUUCAGCAAAUCUGUUGGCCCUGGCAUUGCCCCCGGCCGAUCAGUCAGUCCUCAACUGAAGAAAUCGAUGAGCAGGCCUUCUGUACGCCCAGAGUCACCCGUACGAAAAUUACAGAUGACCCCAGGACCAAGACCAUCACUGGCGACGCCCGGAAAGGUGCCUUCCAAAUACAGCUCUCCCGCCCCGAACCGCUUCGCGCAGAGCGUUCGUGGAACGGCUGGAGACCCGAGCAAAGGUUCACGAUUGGAUAGGAAGCCAAGUGUUGGUCCGCGCAGUGCCUCUGCCCUUGGCCAAACGUCAAUGUUUGACGAGGAGCCGAUGCCCCAGCCACCAGCCACUCUGCAGCGAACGCAGACCAACGGAAGCACCAAUUCGGUAUCUUCGUACAGCUCCAAGUUCAGAGUACCGUCGCGGGCUGGAGCCGGCUCAAGGGCCGCAUCACGAGCUCAGAACGACGACGAGGUUGACCGGCUUAGAGCACAACUGGACGACCGUGAAAGGCAGUUGAGGGAUCAAGCAUCUACAUUAGCGGAGAUGGAGAGCAGUUUAACCGAGCUUCAGACUCUUAUGGAGAGUUCGGAUCUGUCAGCACCCAAGCGCAACAGUCUCGACGAUAAGGACUCGAUGCAACUUCGCGCAUUGGUCAGAGAAAAGAAUGAGAAGAUUGCGAUGCUCACUGCCGAGUUCGACGCACACCGAGCCGACUUCCGAAGCACCAUCGACACCCUCGAAAUGGCUAGUUCCGAAACCGAACGAGUGUACGAAAAGCGCAUCGAUGAGUUGAUGAUGGAAAUGCGUGAGCUCGAAUCGCGGACGGAUGACGUAGAUUCGGUUGCUCGUCAGUUGAAGCAGCUCGAGGAGUUGGUUCAAGAGCUCGAAGAGGGUCUCGAAGACGCACGACGCGGUGAAGCGGAAGCAAGAGGGGAGGUUGAAUUCCUCCGUGGUGAGGUCGAGCGCACCCGAACCGAGCUGCGCAGGGAGCGCGAAAAGGCUUCAGCCGGAAUGAACGGCACCACGGGUCCGAGCAACGGAGACCGUGGCUCCGUUUCCAAGGAAUUGGAGCAGAAGGAAGAUGAGAUUCGGGGUCUUAAGGCGAUCAUUCACUCUCUCAGUCGCGAUUCUGUUCCUGGGGCCGACAAAGCUGAGGACCCCUCCGUACGUGAGAACGCGAUGGCUCGUGAAAGGCUGGAGCUCGAGUUGGCAGAGCUCAAUGAUGUCGUGAAAGACAAGAGCCGUCGCGAGGAGGAGCUUGAGCGGGAAGUGGAGAGACUUCGUAGGGGAAGCGUCGCGACUCAGCUCACCGGACCUCUGGCCAACGGCGGUGCGCAGCGUUCUUCAUUGCGCGAUUCUCGAGAUACCGUCAUCUUGAUGCGCAACAGCGAGCCCCAGUCUCCCACGACGACGCACAAGCGUGUUCGUACACUUGACACGAUGCCCGAAAGUGACGCCUACUCGUCAGUCACGGAUAAUAGUACUCUUUGGUGCGAAAUUUGCGAGACUGGCGGACACGAUAUCCUUACUUGCACCAACAUGUUUGGCAACGAGGGCGGCAAGACCAACGGCGAUGCCGGCAAGGCCAUCAAGGAGGACCUGAAGCCCAUUCCCGCUGAGGACAAGCCGGCUCCACUUUCGCCAGUCAAGUCCAAGCCACUUGCUCCUCCGCCGACUGUCAAGAUCUUCCCGAACCCGAUGGAUUCCGGCCCUGUCGCUGGAAAGGAGAGCGGGAUUGUCGACGUCUCCAAGUGGUGUGCCUUGUGUGAGAGAGAUGGACACGAAAGCGUCGAUUGUCCAUUCGAAGAUGCAUUCUAG